UCUCGCUGCCUUCCUUCCGCGCACACUAUAAAGGCGGGACCUGCCCUCCUGCGCUGGUGAGGCGCUCGCUGGGGCAGCAGGUCAUGGCCGCGCCUGGCUCGAGGUCGGAGCCGCCGCCGCUCCCCGAGUGCAGCUAUGCCGUGUCGCGGCCCGUGUACAGCGAGCUCCUCUUCCAGCAGCGGCACGAGCGGCGCCUGCAGGAGCGCAGGACGCUGCGGGACAGCCUGGCCCGGAGCUGCAGUUGUUCAAGAAAGAGAGCCCUUGGUGUGUUGAAGAGUCUGCUGCCCGUGCUGGACUGGCUCCCCAAAUACCGCGUCAAGGACUGGCUUCUCAGUGAUGUCAUUUCAGGAGUUAGUACUGGACUAGUGGGUACCCUGCAAGGAAUGGCGUAUGCUCUGCUAGCUGCAGUUCCUAUUGAAUAUGGUCUCUACUCUGCCUUUUUUCCUAUCCUGACAUAUUUUAUCUUUGGAACAUCAAGGCACAUCUCAGUUGGACCUUUCCCUGUGGUCAGUUUAAUGGUGGGAUCUGUUGUUCUAAGCAUGGCCCCCGACGAACGCUUUAUCACUCCCAGCAGUAAUGGAAGUGCACUGAAUACAACCAUGCUAAACACCGUAAACACUGAGGCCAGAGAUGCAGCAAGAGUACUAAUUGCAAGCACUCUUACGCUUUUGGUUGGAAUUAUACAGCUUGUAUUUGGAAGUCUGCAGAUUGGAUUCAUAGUGAGGUACUUGGCAGAUCCUUUGGUUGGUGGAUUCACAACAGCUGCUGCCUUCCAAGUGCUGGUCUCACAGCUAAAGAUUGUCCUCAACGUUUCAACCAAAAACUACAAUGGAGUCCUCUCCAUUAUCUAUACUCUGAUUGAGAUUUUCCAAAAUAUUGGCAAUACCAAUCUUGCAGAUUUCAUUGCUGGAUUACUUACCAUCAUCGUUUGUAUGGCAGUUAAGGAAUUAAAUGAUCGAUUUAAACACAAAAUCCCAGUCCCUAUUCCUAUAGAAGUAAUUGUGACAAUAAUUGCCACUGCCAUUUCAUAUGGAGCGAACUUGGAAAAAAAUUACAAUGCUGGCAUUGUUAAAUCCAUCCCAAGCGGGUUUUUGCCUCCUGUACUUCCACCUGUGGCCAUGUUUUCUGAGAUGCUGACCGCAUCAUUUUCCAUCGCUGUAGUGGCUUAUGCUAUUGCAGUGUCUGUAGGGAAAGUAUAUGCCACCAAGCAUGAUUACACCAUCGAUGGGAACCAGGAAUUCAUUGCCUUUGGGAUCAGCAACAUCUUUUCUGGAUUCUUCUCUUGUUUUGUGGCCACCACUGCCCUGUCCCGCACAGCUGUCCAGGAGAGCACCGGGGGAAAGACACAGAUUGCUGGCAUCAUUUCGGCUGGGAUUGUGAUGAUCGCCAUUGUUUCCUUGGGGAAGCUUCUGGAACCCUUGCAGAAGUCCGUCUUGGCAGCAGUUGUAAUUGCCAACCUGAAAGGGAUGUUUAUGCAGGUGUGUGAUGUUCCUCGUUUGUGGCGGCAGAAUAAGACUGAUGCUGUAAUCUGGGUGUUUACAUGCGUAAUGUCCAUCAUUUUGGGGCUGGACCUGGGUCUGCUAGCUGGCCUUUUAUUUGGACUAUUGACUGUGGUCCUGAGAGUUCAGUUCCCUUCAUGGAAUGACCUUGGAAACAUCCCUAGCACAGACAUCUACAAAAGUACCAAGAAUUACAAAAAUAUUGAAGAACUUAAAGGAGUGAAGAUUCUUAGAUUUUCUGGCCCUAUUUUUUAUGGCAAUGUUGAUGGUUUUAAAAAAUGUAUCAAGUCCACAGUUGGAUUUGAUGCCAUUCGAGUGUAUAACAAGAGGCUGAAAGCACUGAGGAGAAUACAGAAACUCAUCACAAAAGGGCAAUUAAAGGCAACAAAGAAUGGCAUCAUAAGUGAUGCUGGUUCAUCGAAUAAUGCUUUUGAGCCUGAUGAAGACAUUGAAGAUCCACAAGAACUUGAUAUACCAACCAAGGAAAUUGAGUUUCAAGUGGACUGGAAUGCGGACCUUCCAGUCAAAGUGAAUGUUCCCAAAGUGCCAAUCCAUAGCCUCGUGCUUGACUGUGGAGCUAUCUCUUUCUUGGAUGUUGUUGGAGUGAGGUCUUUGCGCAUGAUUGUUAAAGAAUUCCAAAGAAUUGAUGUGAAUGUGUACUUUGCAUCACUUCAAGAUCAUGUUAUCAAACAGAUGGAGCAAUGUGGUUUCUUUGAUGAUAACAGUAGAAAGGACAUAUUCUUUUUGACUAUUCAUGAUGCCAUACUUUAUCUACAGAAUCAGGUUAAAGCCCAAGAAGGUCAAGAUUCCAUUUUAGAAACGAUCACCCUCAUGCAAGACUGCAAAGAUCCUCUUGAAUUAAUGGAAGGAAAGAUGGCUCAGGAAGAACUUGAUGUCCAGGAAGAGGCCAUGCGUAGCCUGGCUUCCUGAAAGUGGACUCAGGAGGUCACUGCAAGCAAGCAGUGCGAGACAGAACUGACCUGCUGAUGACACCCUAGGCAAACAUUUUCUGCAUUGACUACUUCUUUGGACUUGAAAUGCUCAUUCUUUUUCUAUUACAUUUUUAAAUCUCUGAGUUUUUACACAUCUUAAUCAUUGAACAAAAAAGCAUUAAGAUUAUUUUCAUGCUUUAUUUAUAAAAUCAACAGCUUACCUCUAAAAUAUGCAAAAUGGUGAAGAGAAUUACCCAGGCAAAUUAGCAAGGUCCAGGAUGUGCUGCUGUUAUAAUAUGCUGCUGGUCCCCCAGAGGCAGAUUUGCUAACUGUGCCCCCAGGUACUGGGCUAUCUCUGUUCAGAUGGAAGACGCUCUGACCUGAUGGCCUCCACAGACAGUUGAGCUGGAAGGACUCAUCACAGGAAAAAUCAGUCUCUGACAGACUCGCUAUCCACAUUUAAUGAAUGCUGAAAUACAGUUAUUAAUGCACUUACCAAUAAAAGCCUUAAGUCACUUUUGGUAAAAAAGCCAGUUUUAAGAAUGAAAGUUUAGUUAAUACGUAAUAAUGAAGUGUUGUGCCAGCCAUAGUGGUACAGGCCUAUAAUCUCAAUACUCUGGGAGGCUGAGGCAGGAGGCAAUAGCCAGUGAGACCCGGUCUCAAAAUAAUGAAGUGUUGUUAUAUGUGACCAGAUGUAUAACCAGAAUUCAGGAUCUCUUUGAUGCUGGCAAUGGUUCACUUAAAAGCUAUAUAGAACCUGGCUAUUUUAAAAAACAUUGAUGCAGACAAGUGAAGCAGGUAAGAAAAUUUUCAUAGUUUAUAGAAAUAAAAUUUCAAUGUGAUAAUCAUGGAUCACAAUUAAAAGAAAAUACAACAGACUAGCUGGAAAACGCAGUUUAAAUUUAUCUUAGUUUUACAGAAAUGAUCAUUGUGUGAAGGUAUGUAUAUAUAGGUAUAGUCUAUUUAACAUCUAACAUGAAAACUGCUAUUUUAAGCAAAAACAAUUUCCAUAUGGGACCAAGGGUGAAGAAAAUGAGCUUAUAUGUUUCUCUAAAUAUUUAGCAGUAUUGGGCCAGGGAUUUAGCUCAGUGGUUACGCUGCCUGUCUUGAAAGCGCAAGGUCCCGAGUUCGCUACCUGGUACCAAAAAAAAAAAAAAGAAAAUUUUUUUUCGGGACUUUGCACUUGUGAGGCAGGCAGCAGUGGCACCCCUGAGCUAAAUCCCCAGCCCAAUAAUUUUUAACUGAAUUCUGACUUUUAAAAAAAAAAUCUAAAAAAUAUUCUAUAGUCGUCUAUAUUUAAAAUAAAUUUUUAAAGACAAAACAUUCUAAAUGAACUUAAUAUCAAGAGAAAAAUUUGGUUUGGAAUAUACACAUUGGAAAUAUAUACUUAUAGAAAUCAUAUUUUAAGCCAGAACAUUUAAUUUUAUACCUUAUCUUUAUUUAAUCUUUUCUGAGUGCCAACAAUUUCUAGGUAUUUUGUAAUAUAUAUAUUUUGGUCAUGUGGACUAUUCCCAUAUAUUUUACAUAAAGUUGUACUUUAUUUCUAGAGAAAAAUAAGUACCCAGGUCCUUAGUUGAAACAAUGUCUUGCUUUAUUGAGAACAGUAUGUCCCUUUGGCACAGGUGUGUGAAAUCCUGAAAUGUACCUGGCUAUCUGAGGCUAGAAUGUCUUAUUUCUGGUUUCUUCUUAAACAUAAUCAGAAACUAUGUGUCUACAUCUGAAAGAAGAUAAGCAGUGAUUGUAUCAAAUUAGUUGAUGCUGAAUUUUGGUUGUAUCUGGUCAUGGGACAACCAGGAUUAUAAUGCCAUUUCAUUUUCAUAGUGAUACCUUUUUUUUUUUUGGUACUGGGGAUCAAACUUGGGACCUUGUGCUUGUGAGGCAGGCAGCGGAACCACUGAGCUAAAUCUCCGGCCCCAUGAUACCUAUUUAUAAUGCCAACAGAUCAUAUCUUUAAAGAGUGAAUGUAAUAGUCUUAUAGAAAGUGGAUGAAUACCUCUGUUCAAGAUAGGAAAUAUGCACUGUUCCUUUUUUAAAAUUAAAAUACCAAAGUUCCCUCUUACAAUGAGCUACAGCUUUAUAAAAUCUUGAGUCCAUUUGUGACUACAGAAGACCACAGUUUGACUUGUUUCACAUGCACACUAGUAAUACUAUUUCUUGGAUAUAUUUGUGAAUAGUAAGUAUACUUUUAAUUCUGUAUCGUUUGUGGAAAUUUUACUUGAAAUUAAAGCUUUCUUUUGUUAGUUUUUAACCUGUUGGGUAAGGGUCCAGUAUUGUAUAUGAAUUUCAAUAGCAACUGAAAAAAUAAAAUCAUAUAAAUGUGGAAAUAUUUACAUAUAUUUUUAAUAAGUGUAAAGUUACCUUUUAAACUAUACUUAGAUGUGCCCUCUCUGAGAAAAAGUAGUGAAUGUAUGAAAAAAUCUACGUUUCAAGUUUGCCAUUACUUUUAUCAGUCACCAUUUUGAUGUACUCUCUAUAGGGCCACUUCCAUUUGUCUGUACAUAAUUUUUUGUAGAUUUAUUACUGUGAUAAACAAUAUUACUCACAAAUCUCUCAGUUAAAUCUUGUAAUUUUUACCCAAAUAUUUCCAGCUUAUUUUAUACCAUGGUUUUCAUUUUAAGCAAACUUUUCAUUGUAGCACAAGAUGUAUAUAAAAGGACACAAAUCAUAAUGUAUUGCUUGAAGAACUUUCACAUAACAGGCAUACCCAUUAACCCAUACCCAAGUCAACAGGCAGAGCAUAACCAGCCCCCAGAAGCCCUCCUGUACUCCCUCCCAGUCAUUGCUCCAGUGGUAAUCACUGUUCUGACUUCUAAAAUCUGUGUUUCUAGUGGAAAAAAUGAAAUUAUUUCUUUUCUCUC